AAGAUCAGAACUUUCGCCAAUCGGUCAUCAAAACGUCUGCUACAAAAAACAACUCUUCAACAUAGAAGCAAUUUUUGCCAACACUGGAUUGAAAAUAUUCUCGAAACACCGAAGCGGAUGGAUAGGUCGACCUCCUUCACUUCUGCUGAUCUUACCAACCUUCAUGCAGAUGAUUCUAGCUUUAGCCAUCCUUCUUCAAGGAUGUCCGAUUCACGUAGCAGGCAGCGAUGUCACUGAAGAGGUAACCUUAAUCGCAGGUAGCCGGGGCGUAGUCCAAUUCCAUAUAUCUCGUUCCCUCAGUGACACAUUCCAGGGUGUUCCAUACUACGUCAUUCGAUUUGAAUCACAGCAUCGUCCAUUCUGCAUUGAUGGGGUACCUGAUGUCGAAGGCUUUAAAAAUCAGAACCAGUUAUCCAGAUUCACUACCAACGUCGUAGACUUAGACACCUCUCUUUGCGUCAAUUUGAUUAUAGAUAACGUUGAGACAGUAGAUCAGGAUGGGUACAUAUUGAAAGUCAUCUUCUUCCUCAGUCCGGAGGACGUUCGGUAUGGAACUGUGAAGAAGAACAUUGUUGUUCAAAUUCCACAUGGGCCUGCGAAAUGCUUCAUUACUGUAAAUGAUGAAGAUGAAGAUGAAUUUCCAUAUGAAGUGCAUUGUCGAGCUUCCUCUGGUAGUGCGGCAACUUCACUAUCAUGUUUCCAGAAUGGUCAGAAGUUGCACUCCAGGAACGGUAUUGAGGACAAUGGUCAACUUACAAGAGGAAUAUUCUCCCUAAAAUUAAUAAAUAGAUUCGCUUGCUGUUCGCAUGUAGUUACAUCAGUUGUUAGUGGUGAAACAUGCAUUCACUUUGAUUGGCCACCUCGCAAGCCUUUCGUAGAUACUACAACACGAAUCGCUAGUACUCUACCUAAAUCUGUAAAUACCACCAGCGAAAGUCCUCUCAAUGUUGCAACCAGCACCACUACCCAAAUGAAAUACGCUGCUGAUUCUGCAGCUAGAAGGCCAUUCAUUUACCAAUCUCCUUUGUAUAUGUCAUUAUGGUCAUUCUUUUCCAUGUAUGCUCUAAGCGUUGUAUACUAGACGUAGAACAUGUAGAAUCUGAUAGGAAACUUAACUUCCGAAAUCGUUCCCACAACAUAAUUCUGUCAAGAUGUGUG